AUGGCUGGUGGAGCAUUGACUGAUGGAGGACCUGGCAAAAGAGCUCAUCUGUAUGAACACAAAUUCACUCUUUAUUUUGCAUUUACUUGUCUUGUUGGCGCUCUUGGUGGUUCUCUUUUCGGUUAUGAUCUUGGUGUUUCAGGUGGUGUGACUUCCAUGGACGAUUUCUUGAAGGAAUUUUUUCCGGAUGUGUAUAGGAAGAAGCAGGCUCAUUUGAACGAGACGGAUUAUUGUAAAUAUGACAAUCAAGUGCUGACGCUGUUUACGUCGUCUCUUUAUAUCUCGGCACUUGUUAUAACUUUUUUUGCUUCCUAUUUGACAAGAAAUAAAGGGAGAAAGGCCACUAUCAUUGUAGGAGCUCUUAGCUUUCUUGUUGGAGCUAUACUCAAUGCAGCUGCUCAGAAUAUUCCAAUGCUAAUCAUUGGUAGAGUCUUUCUUGGCGGCGGCAUUGGCUUUGGAAAUCAAGCUGUUCCUUUGUAUCUAUCUGAAAUGGCACCCGCUAGCAGCCGAGGAGCAGUAAACCAACUGUUUCAGUUUACGACCUGUGCCGGAAUUUUAAUUGCAAACUUAGUGAACUAUUUCACUAACAAAAUUCAUCCUCAUGGUUGGAGAAUAUCACUUGGUUUGGCAGGUAUUCCAGCAGUUCUGAUGCUUCUAGGAGGUAUUUUUUGCGCUGAGACGCCUAAUAGUCUUGUGGAACAAGGAAGGUUGGACGAAGCAAGAAAAGUGUUGGAGAAAGUUAGAGGUACAAAAAAUGUUGAUGCUGAGUUUGAAGAUCUAAAAGAUGCCAGCGAAUUAGCCCAAGCAGUGAAGAGUCCAUUUAAGAUACUUCUAAAGAGGAAGUACAGACCCCAACUAAUAAUCGGAGCAUUAGGGAUUCCAGCAUUCCAACAGUUAACAGGAAAUAAUUCCAUCCUCUUCUACGCACCUGUCAUCUUCCAGAGUUUAGGAUUCGGAGCUAACGCAUCUCUUUUCUCGUCUUUUAUUACCAACGGAGCUCUCCUUGUUGCUACUGUCAUCUCAAUGUUUUUAGUUGACAAGUUUGGUAGAAGAAAAUUCUUCCUAGAAGCUGGUCUUGAAAUGAUAUGCUGCAUGAUUAUUACUGCUGUGGUUUUGGCGCUAGAGUUUGGACAUGGCAAAGAACUUUCAAAAGGCAUAAGUACACUUCUUGUUAUUGUGAUUUUCUUGUUUGUGUUGGCAUAUGGAAGAUCUUGGGGUCCCCUAGGAUGGUUGGUUCCAAGUGAGCUCUUCCCAUUAGAGAUAAGAUCAGCUGCACAGAGUAUUGUGGUUUGUGUCAACAUGAUCUUCACUGCCCUUGUUGCACAACUUUUUCUUCUCUCACUUUGUCACCUUAAAUAUGGAAUCUUCUUGCUGUUUGGUGGCUUAAUUGUCUUCAUGAGUCUCUUUGUAUACUUCCUUUUGCCCGAAACCAAGCAAGUUCCUAUUGAGGAGAUUUAUCUUCUGUUCGAAAACCAUUGGUUUUGGAAGAACAUUGUAAGAGAUGAAAAGGACCAAGAACAAGCAUAUUAUCAAUAG